CCCUCCUCGUCCAGCCCUUCAAAGGCUUAGCAAUCUGCUCUCCUCCUCUUUCCCGCUCAGCGUCUUUCUAAUCUUUUCUCUUUUCCAACACCGCACGGUCUUCUUUUUGCUUCGAAAGCACCCUCGUGCCCAGAAUAGAAACCAUCGCUGUUUCUGUUUGCUACAAAACGCUCGUCCGUCGCCUCGCUUUAGAGUUGAGACACUUGCAGCAACACGACCCUCCUCGAUACGCCCGUUCGUCCUUGCACCCCAGAGCCCAACGCAGCCUGGCCGUAUUGCUACGAAUCGCCGCCACACCCUCCAAAUUUGUCGAUACGGACAAACAGACACCGACGUCAUCUGGAAUUCGCCAAGGACUCCUAGCGCACCACCCCAGAUCGCACUUUAACGUUUCACUACUUUGUCGCCUUUGAAAAGCAACCCCUCUUGUCACUAUUUGUCUUGAGAUUUAUCUGCAUCAAACGCGCAUUUACCCUUCGCCUUCUACUCUACCAACCUUGUCCGCACUACAUCAUGAGCACCAUCGCCUUAUAGCGUACCUGUCCCCUGGGACUAUUUCUGAAAAACUUGCUGUUGCUUAUAAGCAACCGCCAGCUCAACACCCGCCAUACAGUAUUAGUCUGUAUCAACUUUUCUUAGCAUAACGCUGAACCUACAACACCUCUCAAACUUAACCACCGCCUACUACCCAUACUGUGCUCUUCGCAACCACUUCUCCAUCAUGUCCUACGCACAACCUCUCGCCAUGCAGGCACCACAAAUACCUUCCUGGGCCACUGCUGUGGCCGAAGAUGAGGACCUCGAAGAUGAACCACCCGAGAUACAGCAUACUGCAUCUCAACAAUUUAAAAGAACACCCAUUCGCCGACCUGCAGUUACCUCGUCACUGUUGACCAAGGCCAUUCAAAAUCAGUCAGAUGAUGACGAUGCUGAGCUCAGACAUCACACCAUGUUGAACGCCCAACGGCGCCGUUCAAUGACGAGUAAUGUGAGCCUCGCGUCCACUGCUGAUCUUACCAGUGAUACUGGCCUAACCAGCCCAUCUCGCACAAAUACUCCAAGCCCCCCUGUCCCUGACAUGCUCAUGAUGCGACUAAAUGGAGAGGCCUCUACCAAAGUCGACACUGCUAUUAAAGAGCCGGCCUCUGCUCCUCGCAAGCGAUGCAUACAGUUUGCCUGCGCCACUCCUGCCCAACCGCAGCCUCCUUCGUCUCGAUCUCUGCAUGAUGAUGGCACGAUGCAACCUAACCAGACGUCAGAGCAGCCUCGACGCCCCUGUAUUCGAUUUGCCUGCCCUAGCAAGCCUGCAUCAACCCAAAACACGCCCCCAAGGGCAAAGCAAGCCACCCAAGGCCACCCUCAGCAACCCAAUGCUUCGUCGCCUUCUACGCCUAAGAAGCUUUCUGCUCUCUCUACCCUCCACUCUCCUUCUCGUCCAACCACAGCUCGCCGGCUCUCCAACAAGACAGCCAACUUGAGACCGCAAUUUCUACGUGCUAACUCCAAGGAUCUAGUCAAGGACAGCUCUCAAUUUCACGAGUUUGCCAGUGGCAUGACUCGCGAAGAAGACUGGAUCCGUAGCGAAGAGCCUGAGGCUCGUAGAAAGCUUACUAUUAAUGAUACUCUGACGAAAGAGAUCAACUUCCGUCGUCUGGCUGACGAGGCUGACGAAGAAGAGGCAGCUGAAAUGGAAGAAGAUGAGGAUAGAGACGAUGAAGAUGAUGAGGACGAUGAAGGGGACGAAGAAGAAGAGGAUGAUGAUGAAAAUGAUGACGAUGAGGACGAAGAUGAUGAGGAUAAUGAUGACUACGACUCUGAUGGUUAUCAUACCGACGAGGAGACUGGAUUCGCUGACUCGGAUGAAGAAGAUGACGACGCUCUUAGCCUUUGGACGCCUAGCCAACGCACUGUACUUGCGCGAAGCUCAAGCGUUGGUGAUGCUAUGCAUACCGCUCCGGAUGAUCUGCAAUCUGAUUCCUCGGCUGCGGCUGGUAGCAUUAUUCGCAUCAAGCCUCGUCGUAUCCGCCAGCAGGAAGAGACCCCGGACCUCCCUGAUAGUACUGAUUUCGUCUGUGGCACACUAGACGAGGACCGUCCAUUAGAGGAGGCCUACAUGUCUUGUCUCGCCGCUCGACGAAAUGAGAAGCUUCGAAUCAUCCCUCAAGAUAUUGAUCCCAGCUUCCCUACGUCAGAUCCUGAAAAUGAUGACGACGAUGAUUAUCGCCCCUCGCAGCAAGGUAGUGAUGAGAACGUCGUUGGCGAGAUGGAAGAUUUGCAUCAUGGUCAGGAUCGUUCCCGCCGUCGACGAAAGAGCGAAGGCGGAUCACCUCGUCGACUUCAUUCCCCUCCUCCUCGACGCCGCUCUCCCGUCCCUAAGAGACGCAUGUCUCCUGCUCCCCAAAGGCGUUGCCGAUCUCCCGUGCGUCUUUUUGAUAGUCGCUCGCCUACCCGCAUGCGAUCACCAACCCAUCAUGGUCUUACUACCCCUACGCAGUCCCCUCGCCAAGGUGCUACUGUUAAGUUUCACCUGGCCGGGCGUCCUGCAAUGCAGACCAAAUCUCUACCAAGGCCCAGUGCAAUGUUGAGCAAUAUGAAGCAUCGCUCUCACAAGCACUCUCGCGAUAGCAAUCACCACAUCCGCGGUGCUAUUGACAUCGUCAAGGGACUGGAGAAGAAGAGGCAGCGCAGAAGCGAAAAAUUCUAUCAAAAGUACUGCAACCGAGCCCGCCGAGGUCAGCUGCCCGAACGCAAGCCCCAACCAGGUCGUGGCGCUGAGCGCAUGAAGGAGCUCGGUCUUCUAAUGGCCGGCAAGAAGGAACAAGGCAACUAUGUUCUUUCAAUCUAAGCUUGGAAGCUAAAGCUCUGACAAGCUUAUCAUUUCACAAUCCAUCUAUCUACGGAUAUAGCGACGUUGGAUUUAAAGACUUACGAUUUUAUGAAAUCUUUUCCAUGUAUAUACAAUUAUUACAUUUACUAUGAAACUGAGGAUCGCUCUACUGCGAUAUCUAGUGUAUAUAACUUUUUAUUUACUUAUAAAUGGUCCCACCGAACUUUGAUUCUGGCAUCUCACUGUCCUGAUUAUGUGACUCCCCCGCGUGUAAAUGGUAAAAAGACGUUUAAUGCGCGCUUCUGGAAGAAUAAAUGGAUAAAUAAAUCAAUAUUUGUUUUC